GCUUGGUACUCCUGAUUUUAAAAAUAACAUGCGUCAACCGAUGUCAAUUUAUGUCAGUCUAAUGACAUUUACUUACAGCUAUGCAAAAUAAUGGUGUCUUGUCAACUAAGAUUAUGAAGUUAAUAUAGACACAUAUAGAUAAGAUAAAACAGUGUAUUUGUGCCUCUAAAAUAAACUAGAAGAGAGUUCGUAAAAAAUGUCAGGAUUUGACGAAAAUCCUUUUGGUGAACCCACCAUAGACAACCCUUUUGCAGAUCCAUCUGUGCAACAAGUUGCUAGAAACACAAAUGCUCAACUUCGAGUUGAUGACUACAACCCUUUUGAUAAUCAAGUACAAAACCCAAAACCGGUAAAUUAUGGACAAGCAAAUAGUGGUCCGGCAAUUAUGCAACCUACACAAGAACCACCAGCUUACACCAGAAGUGGCCAACAGGCCCAAAAUGUCCCAAAGCCUACCAUAGAUACAGCAGAAUUACAGAGAAGACAAGAAGAAUUAGAAAGAAAAGAGCAAGAAUUAGCUCGCAGGGAAGAAGAAAUGAGAAAUUCGACAUACAAUGUACGACGUAACAAUUGGCCUCCUUUGCCUGAGCAGUGUUGCUUUCAACCAUGCUUUUAUCAAGAUAUACAGGUUGAUAUCCCACUAGAAUUUCAAAAGAUUGUGAGAAAUCUUUACUAUCUUUGGAUAUAUCACGGUUCUGUUAUGAUUUUAAAUAUAAUAGGUGGAAUAAUUCUAGAAGAUUUUACCGUCGUGGGUUUAGGGAUACUAUACUGUUUGUUAUUUACUCCAUUCGGAUACUUGUGUUGGUUCAGACCAGCAUAUAAAGCAUUUCGUUCGGAUUCCUCAUUCAAUUUCAUGGUAUUUUUCUUCAUAUUUUUCUUUCAAUUUGUAAUAACUACAAUACAAACCAUAGGCAUCCCUCAUUCGGGCACAAUAGGAAUUAUCACUGCUCUUGAGACAUUUAAGAAUACAGCAUGGAGUAUUGUCCAAGGAAUAAUAGCUCUAAUUAUCGCCAUAGGAUUUGGAUUAGCAGCAACUGCUGAUUUACUUUUGAUAUCUAAGAUCCAUCGUAUGUAUAGAAGUACUGGAGCCAGUUUGGCAAAAGCCCAACAGGAAUUCACCACAGAAUUCUUUCGCAAUCAACAUGUUCGCGAUGCUGCCACUAAUGUUGCAGUAGCUGCUGUUAACUCUCAAAUAAAUCAAAAUCAAACUACUCCGAGAUAUUAGUUAACCAAUACUUCAUCUAUGGUUAAUUUCAGUAUUUAAAUCAGAAAUCAGCUUGGGUUUAAAGCUCCAAAUAGAUAAAUAAAAUUCUUAACUAUAAGAGUUGAUAGUGUAUAUGACUUUGUAAAGUAUUAUUACAUAUUUUAUGAUUUCUGACAUGCUGAUAAAAUUGUUAUCGAUUUUGAUUGCUUUCAUUACUUCUAAAUAUAUUAUGAUUCACACUAAAUUGUACGAGAGCACACUGUUAUAUCGUAAGACAAAUGAAAGAAUAUUAUUUCACUAUUUUUUUUUUAUUUUCAGCAAAUCCUAAUCAUGUAGUAAUUUAUUUACAUUUCACUUAUUAAUGUUAUAAAACCCUUCUAUCGAACUCAUUGUUGAAUACUGGUAUAUCUAUGUAUAGUUUUGUUACAUCGACUAAAUAUAUAGGUUGUAAAUAUGUUCAUCAUAAUUACCCACCAUUGCAUGUUAAAAAGUCAAUUACAUAAUUAUAUUUUGAUAAUAAGAAGUGUAUCUUACUGAAAAUAUCACCUACUUGGAAAAUAGUAUCCGAGCUCUUGAGACAAUAUAAAUUUUUUAUUUGAUAUUCCCAUUUGAUAACACAAGUAAACUCUGCUUAUACUAGUUUGAAAACAUCAAGGAAAAAGCUUAUUGUUUGAUGUCAAUAUAUACUUAAUACACUAUUAUUAUGUUCAUGAGUUAUCAAAAGUUAAUUAGGAUAUAACAAAUAUUUUAAUUUUCAUAAAUUAACGACGAAGUUCAACACAAUCUUUUAUACGUUUUUGUAGCAUACUGAAUAAUAGGAAACAAAGCGUACCCCCCCCUAAAAAGAUAGGCAAAAUGCCCUGACUUCCAGAAUUCAAUUUUUUUCAUUUUUUUACAUUGUUGUAUGUGAUAAAAAAAUAAGACUCGGCUCAGUUUUAACCCUCCUUUCGUUCCCCCUCUACCUCCACCAAAAACUUCAUUUUUUCGUUGUACUUUUUUUAGGUGGGAGGCAAUAAAUUUCAAAAUUUCCGUAGUCGGGGCUUUUUCAAAACAUAUUUAUUUUUUAUUCCACAGGUUUAAGCACGUAGUGUACAUAACCUCAAAAUGCAGUUUAUUUAUUUAUUUAUUUUUUGAAAAAAGCGUAACUUUUUUGGCGAUGGCUGCAAGUCUAAUUUUUUUUUGUUUUGUAUAUUUUAUCAAAAAUUGUAUUUCGAAUUUUUUUCAGAUUUUUCUGAAGGUGCACCACGUUCAAAAAUCCGAAAAACUGGUUUUUAGGGUGUUUUUUGGGAGUAUUUCCCAUUUGAUAGACUUCAAAUUAGAUCAAAUCAAGGUUUUUUUUAUAACUUAUAUAUAAUUUGAAGUAACUGAGUCCAUUCGAACAUUCAAAAAUGGAAGAAACACGUUCAAGCCCCCCCCCCCCCCCAAAAAAAAACGUGGAGGUUUUAUAAGUUAUAAAAAAAAACUUUGAUUUGAUCUAUUUUGAAGUUUAUAAAAUGGGAAAAACUCCUAAAAAACAGUUUUUCAGAUUUUUUAAGGUGGCGCACCUUACUGAAAAAAAAAUUAGAAGUAUAGUUUUUAAUAAAAUACAUAGAAUAAAAAAUAAACCAGCGCCAUCUCAAAAAAAAGUUUUUCAAAAAAAAAUAAAAUGCAUUUUGGGGUUAUGUACGAACACUCAACCUAUGUGUCAAUUGUUUGAACUUGAUAAAUUGAUUGCAUGCCACCUAAAAAAAAAUAAAAACGAAAAAAUUACGUUUUGGUGGUGGGUGGAGGCUUAAAAUUGCACCUAGUCUUAUUUUUUAAUAUCAUAGAACGUAAACCAAUUGAAUUCUAGGAGUGAGGACACUUUGCAUAUCAUAACGGGGGGUACACUUUGAAAUACACCAUUAUGAUACUUCUUUGAAGAUAUGAAAACUAAAAAAUUUGCUAUAUUCGCACAACGCCUUGCUACCAAAACCUCACCCCCUAUCGAUAUUGUUGAUACAUCAUUUCAGUAAUACAAGUAAUAAACUAUAUAAAGUACAGUCGUACUACAUACAUCUUUUUUACUUAAAUCUUUUGUGCUCUAGUGUAAGAGGUAUGUUUUAAACUCGAGAGGUAUGGGAAAAAUAAUAUGUAUGCUUGGACGUUAUCGCUCGGCCUCUUUAAUUAUAGGCCAGGGUAAUAAGACAAAAAUAUACCCUGUUCGUGACACUUCAACAACCAGAGUACUGAAGCGUUUUUUCGAUAGGUGAUACCUAUAAAAACAAAUUGUAACUAUUUCCUUCGUAGGAUCUGGCGGCCAUUUUUAUUUAUAAACAAUUUAGUGUCAAAAAACGACAUUUUUUCCUUUUUUUCAUUUUUUCCAUUUUUAUUUAUAAACAAUUUAGUGUCAAAAAACGACAUUUUUUCCUUUUUUUCCAAAUUAAUGGAAAACAGUACGAAUUAUGGUUUUCUUAGUACAAACAUCGUCGAGAGAAUGGAAAAAGCUUUAAAAUGGCGUAUUACAAAGUUUAAUACACUCAUUUAUUGUUAAUAUAAUUGCGAAAAAAGGUUGAAAUUUCAAAAAAAAAUUAAUUUCGCAAUAACUAUUGUAAAAAUAAGUAUAGAGCUUUGAAAUUUUUGUCAAAUGAGGGUUCUUUUGUGCUUAAUAUGCAACAAAAAUUUCAAAGCGAUUCAGUGAAUUGUUUAAAUGUUAUUCAAAUUGUUUAUCCCAGAGAGCUUUUUUUUGCAAUAACAUAAGUCAGAAAAAAAUAAUGUUAGAACCAUUCUACUGGUGUCAAAUGAAAGAGCAUGAACUAAACUUUCAAAGUGGUUUAAAAAAAGUGAAUAAAAAAUGCAUGUAUUAGUAAUAAAUAAUUACGCAAAACUAUCAUAAAUUUUUAUUUUUUUGAAUCCUUUAAACUUUUUGAAUAACUUUUUUCUAAAAAAUCUAUUUUUUACCAUUUUUUUGGUGCAUAAUUAGAAAGUACAUAUGUAAUGUUAUUUAUAUGAUAAUUGAUGAAAAAUUGUAAUAAAUAUAUAUAAUUUAUUAUAUAAAAAAAAUAAAAAGUUUAUAAGGAAAAAUUGAACAUACUUUUGCAUAAUUAUUUAUUACUGAUAAAUGCAUUUUUUAUUCAGUUUUUUUAAACCAGUUUGAAAGUUUAGCUCAUGCUCUUUCAUUUGACACCUGUAGAAUGGUUCUAACAUUAUUUUUUCUGACUUAUGUUAUUGCAAAAAAAAGCUCUCUGGGAUAAACAAUUUGAAUAAAAUUUAAACAACUGAAUGAAUCGCUUUGAAAUUUUUGUCACAUAUUGAGCACCAGAGAACCCUCAUUUGACAAAAAUUUCAAAGCUCUAUAUUUAUUUUUACAAUAGUUAUUGCGAUAUUAAUUUUUUUGAAAUUUCGACAUCUUUUUGCAAUUGUAUUAACAAUAAAUGAGUGUAUUAAACUUUGCAAUACGCCAUUUUAAAGUUUUUUCCAUUCUCUCGAAGAUGUUUGUACUAAGAAAACCGUUCUACUGUUUUCCAUUAAUUUGCAAAAAAAUAACGUUUUUUGACACUAAAUUGUUUAUAAAUAAAAAUGGCCGCCAGAUCCUACGCAGGAAAUAAUUACAAUUUGUUCUUACAGGUAUUACCUGUCGAAAAAAUGCUUCAGUACCCUGGCUGUUGAAGUGUCAUGGAAAAAACCUUAUUACCCUGGACUAUUACACAUUAUCUGGUACUUUAUUAUAUAUCUUUAUGUAAUUAAUUGUCUGUGUUAUAUUAGUCGUAGUGUUAAAUAUAAUUGAUUAUAAGAAACAUUUUCAAAAUGCUAUACCAUAAUGCUUCGCUAACAUUUUAUAAUUAACUUAAACUAGCUGAUUUUCUAUUUCUUAUGAUCAAUUAUUAGAUAAAGACAUUCAGUUUGGCACGUUGGUUUAUUUAUUAUAUAGUUUUGACACUCUAUUUUAUAAGUUAUAAAUUAUAAUAAAACUAAGUUGCAAACCUU